AUGGCACUUCCGAGUAGUGUUAGUCAACGAGGGGCUCCCGCUAAUCCCACAUCUGGCUCCGAUGCGGGGACGCCCCCAAUGUUUUGCGACAUCUUUGUUCUCGAGGAGAGUGCCCCCGACGAAGCUCAAGUCCUUGACGCCCUUGGGGCCUCCCCGGACACCGACAAGUUGUCUGACAUCGUUCUUGACUGCCUAGAGAAGGCCAUUGUAUCUGGCCAGCCAUCUGAACUACAAUCUGUCGUAGACCAGCUAUCCCACCAUGUUCUGGUCUCUCUGGUGGACUCCAUCCCUGAAGCCGUCAAGCUUUAUCUAGUUGACAUAGCCCACGACGAGAUCACGGACUACGUUCAAAAGCGCAUUGGGGACGCCUGCGAGAUAGCCUCGGCUGGGCUGGUGCCCUCCGAGACCACCAAGAAGCUGGUGGAGCAUCUCCCCCCUAUGGUGUUGCAUACUGUCCUCCAGUCUGAG